UCCAUUUUUCCCUCAUUUUUUCAUAUCUCCCUCCCUUUUUCACUGGUUUCGUCCUUCAUUGUUGUUCUUCACUGAUUCUUCAAGCUCAUCGUUGUGUCCCUUUUCUCCAAUCUCCCUCCUUUUCUCCAAACACUUGCCUUUCUACUCUAACAUUUUUUAUCCUAAAAUUAUGUUAAAAUCCAAUUGGGAAAGAAACCCUCAUUUCGGAGAUUUAAUUGGGGAAUCUGGAGUUGUUUUCUGGUGAAUGUCGAGUCUUCAAUCCACACACUACUGCACGAUAGAUAUUGUUCGAUUGAUGAAGACCCUGAUUGCAUUUCCGUGGUUCAAAAAUAUCAAGCCUAAUGUCCCGAAUGUGGUGGGUAAUUUUUAGCAUAAUUGUUAACAAUUAUAUCUGGUAUAAUGAGGAAUUGAGAAGAGAUUAGGAUUAAACAUUAAACUGUAUAUCUCCUUAAUUCAUCCUGUUGAUCUCUAACUUCUUAUUGCCAUGUCUCCUAACUUGUCAAGAACGGUGUAAUGGAAAUAUGAAGUUUCCAGUAAUUAGACAUAUAUAUUGUAUUUGAUUUGAGAUGUAUCAGCUUACUUCCGCUUUGCUCCCUGAAAUUAAAGGGGAAGCUUCUUGUUGCAUCAAGUUGUUGCUGUGUGAGAUAUUUGGUUAUACUGAUGAGAAGAGGUUGAGGAGGUUGCAGGAGUUGAGGACUGAUCUUGAGAUUGAGGUGAUUUGGUGGCUGCAUAUAAGGAGGAUGGAGGGCCGGGAGCAGGGGUCGCUUUUGUGGUGUUUAAGGAUGUGUAUACAGCAAACAAAGUUGUUCAAGAUUUUAGAAAUGAGAAGAAAAUGAGGAUUCAGAGGUUCUUUUCAUUGACAGAAUUACAGUUGGAAAGGAAUUAAUGGAGAGUGGAAAGAGAGCCUUUGGCAACUGAAAUUUAUUGGCGCCUUUUAGCAAUUUCAUAACAAAAUUUAACUUGCCUUGGAGUAGUAUCAACUGUCUUGGUAUGUUGCUCCUCAACAUCGCUUGAUGGUGUUCCAGCUGAACUUUUCAGGUUACUAUCCAGGCAUUCAAGAGGCAAAGGUACAUAUUUUGAGGUUUUUAUGUUUUAUAAUUUAAUACUCUAAGCUUCAUGCGAUUAAAUCAUUGCGAUUUAUUUGUGGUAUUAUAUUAAUUACAUUCAAUCAUUGUUGAUUUGGAUUUUUUUUAUAUACUCCUUGAUUACUUGGUGUGAGAUUAGGUAAUAUAUAUUGUAGGUUUUUUUUUUAAUGUUUUCUGAUUCUUAUUUUCAUACAUGUUUUUUCAAUUGUUUAGAAUCUGAGCACUUAGACUAGACAUUCUUAGAAGGAAAUCUGAAUUAGGGAAGGAUAAUUGGUUCUUCCAGUUAGGUUUAUUCUAAAUUUCUUAUGGAACCAUUCCCUUGUCUUUUAUUUUGUUAACUAAGUACCUUCCAAGACCUCCAACACUGUUUGGAUGUAUUAGAUGUUUUGUCUAAGUCAUAUACAGACAAACAAUGUCUCUUUCAGAAUCCUUUCUUGUGUCAUAUAACAGUGUUUUCGGCACUUUUAGCAAAUAAUCCUAUCCAGGCUUGUAAAAACUUUCUGCACCUUCUAAUGUGAAUGUUCCUAGGUGUUAGAUUAGACAUAUAGAGUGGUUGAUCACGCCGUAUUGUACCUAUGAUAAUUUUUUAGGCGCUGAUCAUUUGAUACCAAUGGAGUUGGCACUAAAGAUUGUCAGCAAAAUUAGAGCCAAAGAAAGAUUUGUAGUCUAUGUUAUCACCCCUAUGUGGCCUGAGGGUGUUCCCACCUCUGCUGCUGUGCAAGAAAUUCUUUUCUGGCAGGGUGAAACUAUGCAAAUGAUGUACAACAUAAUAGCCCAGGAGAUCAAAGCAAUGAAGCUCAAGGCACACCCACAAGACUAUUUGAACUUCUAUUUUCUAGGAAAACGCAAACCACCCCUGGUCUUGGGAUAUUCUAGUCCACCGUUAUCAAGAAAUGGUGAUGGGGAUAAUGUCACUUUGAAGGUCCUCUUACAAGCGACAGGGGAUAUUAAUACUAGUGAUGUUGAUCUUGCAGUAGCUAGUAAAGCUAUAAUACUGGGGCUCAAUAUCAAGGCACCAGGUUCUGUUGAAAAAUAUGCACACAAUAAAGGUGUUGAAAUUUGGCUAUAUAAAGUCAUUGAUGAUCUAAUUGAUGACAUGCGGCUUUCGAUGGAAGGAUUGUUAGAACUUGUUGAGGUAAUUCUACACUCUGCUAGUUUUGGAUACAUGCACUAUGCAAUGCAUAUAGUUCGUAUUUUCACGGGGUAGGAGCUUCUAUGCUUGUGAUAAAUUUUAUUGGUUGCCCUUGUGAUGCCAGGAAAUAUUAUGAUACUAAACUAUUGAACACACUAAGCAUAGAAGCUCCUAAUAAAAAUCAUAGAUAACUAGAUAAUAUUGGUGUCUGGUUUAUCCAUAUAAUUAUGGGUUUCAACUGUUAUAUGGGGACACCUAAGUUAUCCUUAAUUGGAUAUGAGUGUUAAGCACAGGUUGUGUCAAAAUAUCAUACUCAGAGACAUUGUCUUGAACAUGAAGUAUGGGUAUAUGACGUUUACGGAAAAUAUUUAUGGUUAUGAAGGUCUAUUGCAUUGGACAAAUAUCAAGCCACCUUUUAAUUUGAUCUCUGCAAUUCCCUGUCUACAUUGCAUCUUCCUCAUAUGAGCUUUAUUGUUGUUUAUGGUGUUGCAACAAUACACAUAGUAAGGGUGUGUUAUGUGGCAGAGUUGAAUUUAUAAGCUUUAAUUUUCUUUUAAAAAUCUUCAUGGAUGACAAAAUUCUGUUAUUUGAGGGUUUGGUCCUCCCAAAAAGCACUGGAAAGUGCUAUAGGGAGAAUGAAGUGUUGUCAAGGAAAACUGUCCAGAGCUGCAUGCCUGCAUUUCUUACAUUGAAUGGUUACCAUAUUUCAAGUUACAUUGAAUGGUACUUUAAUUUUUCUAGUCCCUCAGUUGCAAGGUAUGAUCUACUCCUAGCAAAGAAAGAAAAAUUUGUACAUAUUAUUCCUAGUACAUUAUUUGUAGUAAAUUAUUUCUUAAGAAAUAGCAACGGGUAAAGCGGCUGUUGCGUGCAAAACAAUUAUGGUACUGUCCUAACUCCACCUUGGAAGAGGUUUCUACCUACUGUACUAUUGUGCGAUUCUUUCAUUUAUAUGCAAGUAAUUUUUCUUAAGCUACUUCUGCUGAAAGAUUGUAUGUAAUAGGAAGACAAUGUCUUAUAUGGCACAUUUCAUGAGCAGGUGAUUAAAAAUAGACCACUAUCA